CAAGUAAAGCAGAAAGAAAAGAGAGGUGUACACGAUGCACAGGGAAUCUCGGCUGCUGUAGCAGCGUAUCCUGUGUUUGGUUGUCACGAUCGAUGUUUUGCAUAAACUUGUCCAGAUGGCUGGCCUAGGAAGAAACGAUUCAAAGAAACUGACUUCACUGUUACUACAGCCGCCGAACUCAAGCUUCUCGUGGAAUGACGUGCCCAGUGGAAACAUUCUCAUGCCAGUGACUCAAAUGGAACCUGGAACUGAAGAUUGUGCAGACGCAGAUACUUUCCUGGGUCAGGAGCCAAAUAAAGCACAGCAGUUUCCCACUGGACCUGAAAAGGCCAGCCUGGCCGAGUCUUUGCCAUCAGGACCAUUCUCCCAGCUGCAGCAGCCCCUGCGACCACCGCCAGUCCAGAUGCAGGCACCACCACUGGCACAGUUUGCUGGGGCAUCAGUGGCUCCUACAGAGAAUCUUUCAGCUGUGCCUGAGGCAGCCUUCCAGGCAUCACAGCCGCUGCAAGAUCAAACAAGCCCUGCUCUUGCACCUCCUCCUAUGGGUCCACCCAUGAACUUCCACCGUCAGAGCCCCUUGACCCAUGCUUCUUUCCUGCGCCAGACAGCCCACUCCUCUAACGCAAUCCCAUCAGGACCAGGCAUUGGUGCAACCCCGCCAAUUGGCCAGUCUCAAGAGGCACUUUCAGAUCAGGGACCUGGCCAGAAUGGUCCACCUCCACAGAACUUCUACGCUCCAUCGUCCCAGACUGGUACUUUCUCACAUGGCCCUUCGUUCAGUGCCACUACUCCUGCUUCCUUUGAGCAACCACUGCACUCAUAUGUGCCUGACCAUGCCCAGCUCCCUGUCUCUCCACCAGGUGCUACGUAUGUUCCUGUGAGGCCUCACUGGUUUUACAACAAGGAGAUCGAGAACAAAAUUGUUUGGAUACCUUUCUCCCUGUUGGACUCAACCAACCUGGAGGAAGCAUCUGCAAGGUUGGCUUUUGGCAGUGAUGUUGUGGUGACUACCGACGGUGGAAGGUAUGAUGUGGAUGUCGGUGCUCGGCUACGCCGUCCAGUGUACUGGGAUGAAACACCCAGUCAAGUGCGACGUUGCACCUGGUUCUACAAGCUGGAAGGCCAGAACCGCUUUGUGCCCUACGAAGAACAUGUGGCCUUCACUUUAGAAGACCAUUAUCGAAAGGCUAUGGCCACAGGAAGUUGGCACCAAAAACUGGAACUGCCUGGAAACCAGACAGUGGUCAUGCACAAUUCUAGCGUAAUGGUGCACUUCCUGCCUUCAAGCCACCCAGACGAGUGGGGCAAUGUUAGUGAGGGUCAGACACGGCCUCGGGUCGUCAAGAGAGGCAUUGAAGAUGUUGAAACCAUUGAGGAAGGCGAGCCCAGCCAGAUCGAUCACCUGGUCUUUGUAGUGCAUGGCGUGGGUUCUGUGUGUGAUUUUCGCUUUCGCUCAGUUGAAGAGUGCCUUGAUGACAUUCGGCACAUAUCUCUUGGGCUCAUCAAGAGCCACUUUAGUGUACCCUCCCAGGAGGGUAAUAUUGGGCGCAUUGAGUUCCUGCCAGUCUCGUGGCACUCAACAUUGCACAGCGAUGCUACAGGCAUUGAUAGUGCCCUUAAGCACAUCACUCUCAGGAGCAUCCCGAAGCUGCGUCAUUUCACUAACGACACACUUCUUGACAUCCUUUUCUACACUAGCCCCGUGUACUGUCAAACCAUCGUUGAUACUGUGGGCUCAGAGAUUAACAGGUUACACAGCAAGUUCAUGGAACGCAACCCUAGUUUCAAAGGCACUGUUGCACUAGCAGGCCACAGCCUCGGAUCACUCAUUCUGUAUGACAUUUUGUCCCAUCAGGGUGACACCAGCUCCCAGUCAAACUCUACAGAUGUCUUUGUUGACUCUCCAAAGGAUGAGCUAACACCACCACCCACAUCGACUCAUGCUUCUGAAGAGGCAUCAGAGCUUCUGCAAAAUGCUGACAAGGAUGUCUCCGUAGAAUCUGUGUUUCAAGAACUCAUGCUUGGUGACUACAUCUCCAAGAUUCAUGAGGAAAAGAUUGACAUAGAAACCCUGAAAAUGUGCUCUGAGGGGGACCUCAGAGAAAUGGGCCUGCCCAUGGGACCACGUAAAAAACUGCUGUCGUACAUGAAGGACCUCGCUGAGAAACAGAGCCAACAGAAGGCACCUCCCACCCAACCAGCCAAGGCAGCACCUCAGCAGCAGGUCCCACUCAGCCCUCAGACGUCAGUGAAUCCGCAAGUUGGUCGCAAGCGUGAAAGUGUGGCCUCAGUCAACUAUUCUGUGGGCAUGGCUGGCACCGGUCAGCUCUCUGUGAGCUACCCUAAGAUCAACUUCCAUCCAAGCUGCUUCUUUGCCCUAGGAUCUCCCAUUGCAAUGUUUCUGGUAGUACGGGGCAACGAGACCCUUUGUGAGGACUUCAGGUUGCCAACUUGUCCGGCUUUCUUCAACAUCUUUCAUCCGUUUGACCCUGUGGCAUACCGCAUGGAAACCUUGAUUGAUCCAAACUUUACAGCGUGUCCUGUUUUGAUUCCCCACCAUAAAGGUCGCAAGCGAAUGCACCUUGAGCUUAAAGAGAGCCUUAGCCGAAUGGGUUCAGACUUGAAGCAGCGGUUCAUGGAUUCACUCCGAUAUACAUGGAACUCACUGAAUGAAUUUGCCCGUGCUCAUCGAUCCUCGCCAGCACAAAUGGAGGCAGAGGUGGAUCGUGUGCUCCAGGAAGAAAUCAUCCGUCAAGCUGAUGCAGCAGAGGUUGAGAGUACAGUGACAGUGUCUGAUUUGCAAAGCAUCGAGGACAUUGGCGUGGGCCAGCUCAAUGGUGGAAGACGCAUUGAUUAUGUCCUCCAAGAGAAGCCCAUCGAGAGCUUCAAUGAGUACCUGUUUGCCUUGGCUAGCCAUGCAUGCUACUGGGAAUCUGAGGACACAGUGCUGCUAAUAUUGAAAGAACUCUAUGCCUUGCAAGGGUUUGCACCGCAGCUGGCAACUGGUCGCUCUGCUUCUCAACCCAAAGUGCAGUUGUACAACCCAGCUGCACCACUGGGUAACACCAGUGUAGUUGUGCCACCACCUCCAAUGCCUUUGCUGUCACCAUCAAACGAAACUUGUGUUGCACCCAGUGGGGUACCACCCUUACCUCCCGACGGACUGAGCGCCCCACCCCCAUUGCAGGGGUUUGUGCGUGUGUCGCCUCUCACUCGAAAGUAGGUGCUUUCCGACAUGCCUGGCACUGUCGGAGCACAUAUGUUCUGCUGCUGCAAGUAGGCCAGGUCAGCAGCACUUUUCCAGUCUUUUGUUGAUGGCUUUGUGCUCCCUUGUGAAGCAUCUGUGCUGUCAGAUGCUCCCUGUAGCUUGUUUUCAAUGGGCAAUGUGACGAACCUGCACUUUAUGGCCAUUUCGGAAGAGGUAGCUGCACCCUUUGAACAAUGGAUCACUAGCACAGGUGACAGACCGCAUUACAUGCUUGACUUGGCACUGCUGCUUGAAGAAGCCAAUCUGAUGCAUUGUGCAGAAGAGUUGGCAUUUGUGUGCAGCAUACUAGUUGAAAGGUGCAAUAUUACGUUGUUUUUUGCUUGCACAAUUAUGUGAACACAAGGCACAUAAAGUUGUAGUGUGUGUGUGUGCCAUGUGAUCCAUGAAAUGAUCCACUGGCCUUAUUGAAGAACUGGCCUCUGAAGAAAUUUAUCAAUAAAUAAAAGUGUAAUUCAUUUUUGGUGCAGCCUGAAGUGAAACUAGGGUUUGAAAAUAAAGCCGUGUGCAGAGGCACCUUCUGCCAUAUAGUAAAAAAAUGCGACAUUCUGUAAUUCAUGCUGGCUUCCACACAUCUAUGAGCAAGAAUUCUAUACCACAGUGGUUGUGAAACUGCUGUUUAGAACACUAUAGCAAUUUCUUACGAUGGGCUUUUAAAACCUAAUGUACCAUGAGAUGAACAAGCAGCAGUGUGGUGUUGAUAACAUAAUAUAUAUUCAAUAUGAAAGCAGUGUGAAAGAAACAAAUAGGACUGUGGAACUAUAAAAUAAAUGUUAAUUUCUUCUAUUGUCUUCUGCUUUCAUAUUAGCAACAAACACAUACCAGCUCACCCAACUUUUUGUGCUUCAUUACUCUGGGCAUCAAAUAAACAAAGAUGGUGCAACAUCUCACACUAUAAACUAGGGUCAUUCAGAUGCAGUUUUUUUUUACAUGGAGCCUGUAGUUUUGCACAUAUGGAAUGUUUAAGCUCCACGAGCUUGUAAAUGAGGCACGCAGCAACAAAAAUAAGCAAGAACUUUAGCCCUGGCGAGUGAAGUGCCAACAUACGCAGCUAUUGUGGCUGCUGUGAGAUAGCAAGCAUGGUAUAGGGUGCUAUGAAACUGCAGUGCUCUAAAAUCUGCCAUUGUGUCCUCUUGUUUAUUGUUACCUGGCUUAUGCUGUGUAUUGCAUCAGGUUGCAUGCAAAUUGCAAGCUGUGCUGCACAGCAGUCAACUUGCCUUGCAGUAGCUCGGCCAGAGCCUUGGUGCUCACCUGUGGGAAAUUCAGGUGUUAAUUGGCACAGAGUUCCGUGUGUUACUGAAGUGCUUGUUCCUUUGCUUACUAGUCUCGAUAUAGACUUCUACAACUACCAGCAACAUCCAAAAGCGAUUUGCAAAUUUCGUGUAUAGUAUCAUAUGUGCUUGAGUAAGUGCUGCAUCCCUUAGUUUGGGCCUAAAUAUUUCUAAAAUGCACAGCUGCACACAACAUUUAUGGUGUGCAGCUGCGCACAAGCGCAUGCAGUGUCAGCAUGGUACAUAGUAGUGUAUCGGAUGCAUGCUCUUCGAAAGUGCCAGACAAAAAAUAGUGCAGCAGCUCAAAAUGAAGCACAAGAAAAACAAGAGCCAUGAAAAAGUGUCAUGCUGUUUGCAGCAAUAUAUUGCUAAAGGGACAGUGCCUGAGAAGACACUGUCAAAACCCACGACGUCACAGCGAGCUGGUGUGGGAACUUCAUGGCGGCAGAAUCACCUGUUGUUUUUGCAUCUAUGCUGACUUUCCAAGCAUCUUCUCACGGCAAGAGUGGCUUUAUUGGUAUUGUAGAUGCGUAAUUACUGACCCAGCUCCGGUAAUUUUUUCUCUUUAGUGACCUUUUAAAGGGGGAUGGAUAGCAAAAUUGACUAAAAAUGCGAUUUCUGUAUUUUAAUGCCAAAAUAUACCAGCAUCAAUGGUAAAUGGCGCCAAACACACCUUUCCCCCGUGUAACCCUGGCAAGUUUCGACGACGGGCUGUGGCGUUUGCUAUGUUUGUGUUAUUCUUGAUUUAAAAUUUGUGAAUGUCUUUACUUGUAUAAUCAUUUAGAAAUAUAAUGUCUAGUUUCUUUAACGUUUACAGUAGUUUAAUAUAUGCCCCAAAGGUGUCAUAAUAGUCGUGAUGAUUCCCGCAUAAACGCUUCAUUUGGUGUAGGUGCCCAAAAACCACAUUUGUUGGAGCAUCUUUAUAAAAGUGACUGUUUAUGAUGCAAUUAAUUAGUGAUGGCAGCAAUGCCAAAAAGGUUUUUGAGACCCUUGGUGUUACACUGGGUGUCUUGCAAUGCUGUGCUGGAUGGACUAUAAUAUAGGCAGACUUUCAGGCCUCUGCCAAAAGCAAGAAAAAGAAUAUAAAGGCGAGUGAAAGAAAGGGUAUUAAAAGGCAAUCCGAAGACUACACACCAGGAGCAUUUUAGGCCAACUUGUUGGAAAUUAAAACUUUACAUGACGUUUUCUCAAAACACCACUUUUGCUGACAGACAUUUUCUCUGCAACCGUUGUACUUCCCAAAUAGAUUUUAUUGUGAAUUGUUCCUGAAUGCUUGCAACACCUACUGAACCAAAUGAAAUGUGUAGCCACCUGAACGUUCUAACAAAAUGGCUUAAAAUUUCAGUCCUUGGUAUGUAAACUUUAUUUUAAUAUGUAAUGGUCAAAGCUACAAUUAUUCUUUUGGGUCAGAACAAAGCCCAGUGCAUAUAAAAAAUACCAGAAACACUUUGAGCUUUUUGCCUACAUUAAAUUUUUCAGAAAUGUUCCAAGAAAAAAAAAUUUAGAUAUUUUAAGAUUUACAAAAAUAUUCAGUAUUGUUAUACCAAAUUUACGACACCAUUAGAAGGAAUUUAUUAGUCUGAAAAUGUCCAACUACUUUGCUUAAAAAUCUGCAAUGUUAGAGGCAGCCGUAGAUGAAUACCUAGGUCAGCUAUCCAACCCCUCCACCCCCUUAAGUAAAUUGCCCCCCCCCCCCCCUUUUUAUUCCACAACCCUAGCAUGGCUUGAUGUCCGAGCCCAAGGACAGCUUUUGCUUUGAACAGCUUAGUAUCAGUGUGGUUCAUUGAGGCGUAUUGAUUUAUCUUUGGUAGUUCCCACAUUUGGUUGCUGAGGGAAGCUCAUCAACUGAGCUUCCCUUAGCAGAAGUAAUGUCUUUGCUCCUUGUGGCUUGUUCUGUCGCAUGUCACAGCGAAAGGGACACCAAGCUGGUAAUUUUUCAUGUGUCUGCACUGAAAUAAAAGUUCCGUAAGUGAGGGUCUGGCUUACACGCAUGUUUGAGCAAAGACUAGGAAUUCCCUUUUAUAUUGGCACACUCUGAGUGCACAUGUGCCAAUUUCUGCGGGUUGCACUUUUUAAUUACCCAAAAGAUCCCGAUUUCUAGCAAUAUACCUACUUCACACACAUUUGUGCUGUGAGCGUUCAUCAAGGAUGCUAUCAGCUGAAAGUCUGUUGACAUCUCAUGUGAAAAUUCAUCAUUUAAAACCUCAUGUCCGGAACGUCCAAGCCCGCAUUUGAGUAUGACUUCACCUUUUAAUAGUGUGUGAACCAGACUCCAGCUUAUGUGUCAGCGGCAACAAAUGAGGUAGCUAAUGAAGCUAAAGUAAAGGCUGCCCAAUGUCAUCAGACACUGUGGAAAGUGCAUUAGUUUUUCAAAGCAGAUGCAUUCACUUUUUACCCAUGCAUGGGCUGCACUGAAGAAAUUCAGAACAGAUUUUAAAAAAGAUGGCGCUUUUACAUGAGAAUAUACAGUUCAGUGGAAACCACAAAAUAGUGAACAAGCUCUUUUCCCAGAAUCACCUAGUGUGCACAGAUUAUUUUGUGCUGCCUUUGACAUUUUGAACUCCAACCUGAAAUAUUGUGUGGAGCUGUGCUCAUUCAUCACCAAGUUACAUGACCUGCAUGCUAGGUUGCGUAGCAUUUGUAAACAGCUGUUAGAGGGUAGGUUAUAUGCAAGUUAUUUUCAGAAUUUGUGUCAUGUACAUAAAGUAGGCGUUUUUGAUGUACUGUAAAAAGGGUUUUAAACAUGCUAGGAUGUGUCACCUACUGCUCUAAGCAAGCAUGCCAUGUCUAGGAGCAAUCUGUUGAAAGUGCCUUGCGGCAAAAGGUGCACAAGUGCAGAAAUAAAUUGUGAUUUGAACAGUGUA